AUGAAACUUUGUUAUAGAAUUUCAUUAAAUCAUGAAGAUACUCAAAUGGAUUCAUUAACACUAGCAAAAAUAUUAGCACCAAAUUUAUGUUGGUCAAAAAAUGAAGGAAUUACUGGAAAUAUUUAUACAAUGGUUGAAAUGUUAAUUGCAGAAUAUCCUUCUAUUUUUGAAAUGAUUGAUAAAACUUUAGAAGAACGACAAACAGCUAUUUUUGUUGCUAAUAACAAUGACGAAAAAGAAUAUUUUGAAGUAAAAGAAAAAUUAAGACAAGAAUUAGUAAAUGAAGAAAAUGGUGAACCAGAGCUAAUAAAUGAUAAGAAUGAAAGUACCAGUACUAGUGAAGAUGUAUAA